GUCAACCUCACAGCCUUGCGGACCGACAUUGCUCCAGCCUGGGUAUCAAGCCCGGGAGGGAGAGGAACAUGGGAGAUUCUGUACAGUUGUCUGUUCACGCUUCUUUUGUGUGUAUAUACCGCAAUACACAUGAAUGUGCCACCUGCUGGCGAAAGUAAGUUCGCAUUUUGGUUGAGAAAGACAAAGUGGGUAGCAAUCGCGGUCUUUGCCCCCGAAAUUGUCGUCGUGAACGCUUUU